AUGUUUAAAUUGUGCAUUGUUUUACUUACUGUGUUGGGUUGUGCUGUGGCUAAGCCUGGUCACGCUGUUGCAGCCCAUUUAGCGGCUGCUCCAGUUGCUGCACCAAUUGCUGCUGCCUAUACAGCACCUUUAGCUGCCGCCUAUACAGCGCCUUUAGCUGCUGCCUAUACUUCGCCUUAUGCUGCAUACAGUGCUCCUUAUGCCGCUGCCUACAGUGCUCCUUAUGCUGCUGCUUAUAGUGCUCCUUAUGCUGCUGCCUACAGAGCACCUUAUGCUGCCGCCUAUACAGCUCCCUAUGCUGCUGCCUACACCGCUCCCUAUGCCUCUCCCUAUGCCGCCGCCUAUACUGCUCCCUAUGCUGCUGCCUUUAAUGCUCCUUUAAGCUCCACUUCUCAUAGUCACCGUGUUGAUAUCUAUAAUAAAUAUCCAGCUAUUGUUGCUGCUCCUGCUAAACUGAUAGCUUCAGCUCCUGCUGCUUAUGUUGCUUCUCCUUUUGCUCCAGCUGCUGUGGCUGCUCCUGCUAAGUUAAUUGCACCAGCCGUGGCUGCUCCUGCCAGAUUAGUGGCCCCAGCCGCUGCGAUAUAUUGAUUUUAUCACAAUUACCUCAUGCACCUCAUAUCAUCAUGAUACUUACAUCCACAAUUUGUAUUCACACUGUAAAUGGUUUUAUUCUUCAUAACUGGAACAUUUUUAUUAUUAUUAGUUUAAGUUUCAAUAAAACACAAGAUAUAUUUUCUUUGCAAUAAA